AUGAGAAUCUUGAUGCUUGGUCUUGACAACGCAGGUAAGACCACUGUGUUGUACAAGCUUAAGCUUGGUAAGACCCUGCAGACCGUCCCUACUGUAGGUUUCAAUGUCGAAACCGUCAAACACAAGAAUGUCAGUUUUGCAGUAUGGGAUUGUGGUGGACAAGAACGUAUCCGUCCGCUUUGGAGACACUACUUUACUGGAACCAAUGCGUUGAUUUAUGUGGUUGAUUCCAAUGACAGGGAUAGAUUAGAAGAAAGUAAGAAAGAGUUGUAUAGAGUGAUCACAGAUAAAGAACUAGCAAAUUGUUUGCUUGUUGUUUUGGCAAACAAGCAGGAUUAUGACGGGGCAAUAAAACCAAAGGACUUGAUUGAAUUAUUUGAGUUGAAGGAAUUAAGUGGGAAACAUACAUGGAGUGUCAUUCCUACUAUCGCUACAGACGGAACAGGAUUGGUAGAAAUGUUGAAUUGGAUUAGCUCUCACAGUAAAUGA